AUGGAUCGGUCAGCUGCAGUCUUGCUGCUCCUCCUCCUGCUGCCGCCGCCAUGCGCACCCGAAGACCGGCUGGCCCUCGACAAGCCUCUCUCCGUCGGCGCCACCAUAGUAUCCGACGGCGGCGGCUUCGCCCUGGGCUUCUUCUCCCCCACCACCAACUCCACUCCGGCCAACAGCAAGCUGUACCUCGGCAUAUGGUACGCCGACGUGCCAACGCGCACCGUGGUGUGGGUGGCCAACAGAGACGCCCCGGCCACCAACAGCACCGCACCUACGCUGUCGCUGACCAACACGGCCAACCUCGUCCUGUCGGACGGCAGCGGCCGUAUCCUCUGGACGACCAACGUCACCGGAGUCGUCGUCCCCAGCUCCUCUCCGUCCCCCACCGCGGUGCUUCUCGACACCGGGAACCUCGUGGUCCGGCACCCGAACGGGAGUACCUUGUGGCAGAGCUUCGAGCACCCGGCCGACUCGUUCCUCCCCGGCAUGAAGCUCCGGAUCAACUACGGGACGCGCGCCGGCGAGCGCCUGGUGUCGUGGAGGACCCCCGACGACCCUUCGCCGGGGAGCUUCGCCUACGCCGUGGACCCGGACACGGCGCUGCAGAUCUUCCUCUGGAACGGGACGCGCCUGCUGAUGCGCGACGGGCCCUGGACGGGCUUCUCGGUCACCAGCCAGUAUCAGGCCGACGCCAGCGUCUUCGUCUACAAGGCGGUCGUCAGCACCGACGAGGAGAUCUACCUCACCUACACCCUCUCCGACGGCGCCGCGCGCACCAGGUUCGUCGUCACGGCCUCCGGCCAGUACCAGCUCCAGAGCUGGAGCGCCAGCUCGUCGGCGUGGUCGGUCCUCAGCUCCUGGCCGACCUGGGAGUGCAACCGGUACGGCCACUGCGGCCCCUACGGCUACUGCGACAACACCAUGGCUGCGCCGACGUGCAGGUGCCUCGACGGCUUCGAGCCUGCCGACUCGGAGGAGUGGACCCGCGGGGCCUUCUCGCAGGGUUGCCGGCGACAGGAGCCGCUGUGGUGCGCCGACGACGGAUUCUUGGCCUUGCAGGGGAUGAAAUCGCCGGACAGGUUCGUGCUCAUCGCGAACCGAACCUCUGACGAGUGCCGGGCGGCGUGCACCGGCAACUGCUCCUGUGUGGCGUACGCUUAUGCCAACCUGAGCACCACCAAGAAGACGGGGGACGUGACGAGGUGCUUGGUGUGGGCCGGCGACCUCAUCGACACGGAGAAGCAGGUAGCUAACGUGGUCGGCACCGACACGCUGUACAUCCGGCUUUCAAACUUGGAUGCAGCCAUGCAAGGUGUCAGACGAAAGAGCAAUAAUGCACUGAGGAUUGCUUUGCCAACGGUUUUGACAAGUUGCAUUCUCAUAAUCACAGGCAUUUUCCUUGCCUGGUUUAAAUUCAAAGGUAAGAGGGGGAAUAAUAACGAGGAUAAUAACAAUAAGAUAAGUCAUGGUGCUACGGGUAUCUCUGACGACCUCACCGAAGGAAGCUCAGCACAAGAUUUUGAACUUCCCUUCGUCAAAUUUGAGGACAUUGAGGCUGCAACCCACAAUUUCUCAGAGGCGUACAAGAUUGGACAAGGAGGCUUUGGGAAAGUGUAUAAGGCCUUGAUUGGUGGUCAGGAAGUUGCUAUCAAAAGGCUAAGUAAAGAUUCAGAACAAGGAACUGUGGAAUUCAGGAACGAAGUUAUCCUAAUUGCCAAAUUGCAACAUAGAAAUUUGGUUCGGCUGCUUGGUUACAGCGUGGAGGGUGGUGAAAAGAUCCUGAUAUAUGAGUAUUUGCCUAAUAGAAGCUUAGAUGCUAUCCUUUUUGAUAAUUCAAGAAAAGUGUUGCUAGAUUGGCCAACGCGAUUUAACAUAAUCAAAGGGGUUGCAAGAGGACUUCUUUACUUGCACCAAGAUUCAAGAUUGACCAUAGUUCAUAGAGAUCUCAAAGCUGCCAAUGUUUUGCUCGAUGCAGAGAUGAGACCCAAGAUAGCAGACUUCGGCAUGGCAAGGAUCUUCAAUGACAACCAGAAAAAUGCAAAUACACGACGAGUCGUGGGAACAUAUGGCUACAUGGCUCCUGAGUAUGCAAUGGAAGGAAUCUUCUCUAUCAAGUCUGAUGUCUAUAGCUUUGGUGUCCUGAUCAUGGAGCUUGUAACUGGUAUAAGGAGAAGCACUUUUAACAAAAUCAAGAAUUUUCCCAACCUUAUGAUCUAUGCAUGGAAUAUGUUGAAAGAAGGGAAGGGAAAAGAUUUGGCAGACCCUUGUAUUGUGGAUACUUGUUCAUUGGAUGAAGUGCUACUUUGUAGUCAUAUGGCACUCUUGUGUGCCCAAGAAAACCCUGAUGAUAGGCCAGUGAUGUCAUCUGUUGUGUUGGCCUUGGAGAAUGGAAGCACUACAUUGCCACCACCUAAUAACCCUGGGCAUUAUGGACAUGGGAGUAGUGAUAUGGAGCUAACAAGAGAUAGAGCCGAUAACUCUAUGAAUUCUCUUACUCUCACGAAUGUGGAGGGACGAUAA